AUAUUCAGCUGUGAAAACGGAACGAUACUUUUACGGUGCUUUUUCACAGUCUGACACUUUUAAAGCGUACAACUCCAUCUCACUGCGGUUACAGGGGUAUUUGAGGGGAUAUUUGUUUCAUGUCAACUUUUACUUAGCCUUUUAAUGUCACCGUUUGUCUCAAACAGCGCGCGGUAGCUGCUUCGACGGGACGCCCUGGAAGUUUCUGGGGAAAAAAAACUAAAGCUAUUCCCGGUGCAGAAGUUGAGGGGAGACGGUAAACUUCCUCCGUGAGCUGCCACGUCUGAACCACGGCACCACUUCCUGUAGGACGUAGCUAUAAAAAAAGGACGGCAGCGGAGGAGGAGAGGGAUACACGAGAAUUAAUUAACGAUCUACCAUGCUGCCCAGGCUUCCUGUCUACAUCCUAAUUUCAGUGCUAGUCCUUCUGGUGCAGGGCUGCACUGCUGAGUCAUCCAAGAAGAGCUCUCCACCCCGCCCGCCCCCUCCUCCUCCUGGUGACCCCAGCUGGGCCCUCGGCCUGCACCUGUACCGGGCCCUUCGCUCCGACCCGAGCUCCGUGAACACUCUCUUCUCCCCUCUGCUUCUGGCCUCCUCACUUGGAGCGCUGGGCGGCGGCUCCGCGGGCACCACCUCCAGCCAGCUCCAAGGCCUCCUCAGGACCCCGGCCUCGGCCAAGGGCGGAGCCGGUGCUGCCAAGCUCCUGUCCGGGGCGUUGAAGAGCUUCACCGCGGCCAACGGUACCAGCUUUCGCCUGCAUGCGUCCUCGGCCCUGUUCUCCAAGCAAGCUCCUCCGGUCAGCCAGAAGUUUGUGAAGGAGAGCCAGGCCACGUUCAGGCUGCAGCAUCGGCCGCUGGGUAAAGGAGACUCCAAGGCUGACCUGAAGCAGCUCCAUGGCUGGGUGAAGGCUGGGCUCGGUGGGCUGGAGGGAGCUCCUUUAGCGGCUGAAGUAAAGCCCAAGGCUGGAGCUCUGAUACUGGCCAAUGCCCUGCGCUUUAAAGGGCUGUGGGAGAGAGAGUUCACAGAGGGGACCACAGAUCACCGUACCUUCUUGGGGAAGAAAUACACCAAAGUGACGAUGAUGCACAGAGCAGGUCUGUUCCGUCACCACGAAGACGUGGAAAACAUGGUGCAGGUUCUGGAGGCGCCUCUGUGUGAGGGCAAGGCCAGCGUGGUGUUCCUGAUGCCCUUCCACGUGGAGAAUCUGGCCAGGUUGGAGCAGCUUCUGACCCUUGAGCUGCUCUCCAAGUGGCUGGAGAAGACCAGUGUCACCAGUUUGUCCAUAUCGUUGCCCAUGGUGAACAUCACCAGCACACUCAGUCUGCAGGAACAGUUGUCCGCUCUGGGCUUGACCGACGCCUGGGACCAGAAGGCGGCCGAUUUCUCCGAGGUGUCGGACAAGAGCAAGGGGAAACUCCACCUGGGCGGAGUCCUCCAUUGGGCUGCCCUGGAGCUGGCCGCUCAGGCUGGGAAAGGUGGCGCAGAUCCGGAGGAGGAGAUCAUAGGAAAGCCCAAGCUGUUCUACGCCGAUCACCCCUUCAUCAUCUUUGUCAGGGACAACGCCACCGGAGCCCUGCUGCUGAUGGGAGCUCUGGACCACGCGGAGGGAGAGGCCCUCCAUGAUGAGCUGUAAUACCCAAAAAACCUCGAUCCCUUCUUCGGUCUUUUUUAUUUUUUUGUGUGUGUGAUUCUUACAAACUCUGGUUUCCAUGUCGAGACAUUGUCAUUCACCGUGGCACACUAUCAACAUCAGACUACGGCUGGCUGUCACACAUUGACACUGAAUAGUCUCGCGCUGACUGACACUGACACCGCCAUACCUGACACUGGCACAGUCGCACACACACACACACAUACACACACACCGACACCUACAUGGCAUACAUAAGAACGCAGUACAAGACGGUACUAACGGCGACGGAUACAGCCAAAAACACCAACUCGGAGAGACUCCCUGCGUUUCGUUUCUCCCACGCAAGUGCGCCCACACACAGUCGAGGCCUCGCUGAUCAAGUCGACACAAAACAAAAUGACAAGAAAGCAGCGACAAACACCAACAUGCUGACAGGCAGAAGUGAUUACAGUCACUCAACACUUACAACAGCAUCUACAGAAGAAGGUUAACUAAUAGAGACUCGCCGUGACACUUGAAUCCUCCCCACCAGGCCAGAUGUGCGUGUAUGUGUGUGUGUGUGUGUGUGCGUGUGUGUGUGAGUGAGUGCGUGCGCGCGCGCGUAUACGUACAUGCGUGGUGCCGACAGAUCAAGGGUGGCCACGCGGCGGCUCUCGGAGCUGGUGGGGACCUGCGGCGGGGUCCCCUGGGCUACAUCAGAGGAAGACUGAUGGAUCAGCCAAGUGCUUAUUGAUGAGCCAGCUUAAUGCUAAUGGCCGUAAUGAGUCAGAACGCUUGUCAACAACACGGAGAGGACGGGGAACCUUUUAAUCUCUUAAUACCAUCAGGGAUCAUUGCCGCUGGAAAACGAAGACAUGACUGACAUCGCUUGACUUAAAUGUAACAACUUAAUGUUUAGGAUGAUUACAGCCAUUCAAAGAGGUAUUGAUUUUCAUUUGUGUAUCUUUUUUUUUUUUUUCAAAGCUCCUGAGGGGGUUGUUGUAUGUGAACGAACUAGAGUAGCUACUGCUCAAGUGUAUCAUUGAUAUUUGACAUGGUGCAUUUAAAAAAAUUCAAAUAAAUAUUUCUAUUUGAUACAAACUAAUCAAUCAUCAAAACAUGUACUUCUGUCCUGAGCCGAUUUGGUGGACGUUGUGUCUCAAGGGUGUAUAGAAGCAGAUGUAAAGCAUCCGCUAUUGAAUUUUAAGAGGCAACACAUGGUAGGCUCGCAGUGCCUAGACAGUGCAGCAACAACUUCAACACACUCUCCUAAUGCUUCCCAACAAUCAAACGUAAAAUGUGUAUCCUGCAUCUUAUGUGUAUUGAUGUUUUAUUGCUUUUGUGUCGUUGCUUGCGCACACAAAACAAUUGCCGUAUUCAGCAUG